CAGUUUCCAUUUUGAGUCGCUAUUUUUUUUUUUUUUUCGGGUGAGCUCAAAGACUCAAAGAGUUGGUGUGGGCAGAAAAACUUGGUGGGACCUGUCCAUCUGUGAGACGGGUUUAUUAGGAGGCUGCUGUUGCUCUGUGACUCGAAGGUGUUUGCAGCGCCUGAACAUGAACGUCGUCAGUGCUUUGGCCAUCGUCGGCCUGCUGCUUGCAGCUGCCAGUGCGCAGAAACCCCAACAAUGCGAGUCUCCUCCCCUGAUGACCGGAGGUGUCACUGUGAUGGGCUUCAAUGGUCUUCUCAUGUCUACGGGAACAAUUAGCUAUGAUGCUUUUGGUCAGAAGAUUCGUGUUCGAAACAUGGGCAUGGUUGGAAAUGAAACCUUGACUGUGGACCAACUGAUGCUGUUCCAAAAGAAAGUCUAUUAUGAAAUUGACUGGAGCAAACUGUCUUGCAAGAAGAGACGCUUGAAUACAGAUUUUGUUCCCAUGCAAGUGCCCGAUGAUGCCAAUUUGAUGGGUCAGGCCGUUUUUGGCUCCUCCUCCUCGUGGGGAAUGGGUGUGCUCGUCAACACGUGGUACGGGGACCUGCCCGGCAAUGGUUCCUAUAUGAGCGUCUUCACUGAGAUUGGUUGCAUCCCAAUGACCUUCACUGGCUACACACCAACAAGUGGAUGGACCACUAUCAGCACUUUCAACUGGGUACUUGGCACCACCAAUCCCAUGGACUUCUUCCCGCCUUUCUUCUGUGCAAAGGCUCAGCUGGAGGAUUCCGAAACACCCGAGACCAUGUUUACCGCUUUGGAGUCUCUAGCCAGAAAGACCCACGACAUGAAGUAAAACAUCAGGUGUUGUAUGUGUUCAUCAGCCAGUCCCUCAUUCAAAGGAAGAGGAACGAUCGCAUUCAUUCAAUGCAAAUAAAGUCUUGACAUAU